CGGGUCUGUGGGCCUGUGGGCGGGGCUGUGUGCCUGUGGGGGCAGUGCGCAGGCGCGGCUGAAGGUCAGGGCAAGAUGGCGGCGGCCUGGGGGCGCUGCGCGCAGGUGUGCCUAAUGAGGGGUAUGAACCUGUCCACAAGGCUGGGAGUGCCAGCACUGAACAGGGCCCAUGUCUACAGGAUACGCAGCUGGUCUGCGCUACAGCAAUAUCAGUUACGAAGCUACUCGUCAGACCGUAAGAAAGGCUUCCUCUCAGGGCUUUUGGAAAACAUCAAACAGGAACUAACGAAAAACAAAGAAAUGAAGGACAGCAUCAAGAGAUUCCGAGAGGAAGCCAAGCGCUUGGAAGAAUCUGACGCUCUUCAGCAAGCCAGGCAAAAAUAUAAAAAUAUUGAGUCUGAAACGCUACGGACAUCAGGAGUAUUUAAGAAGAAACUUGAGGAGUUUUCAGAGACUGUAAAAGAGAGCCUGGAUGAAGUGAGUAAAUCUGAUCUCGGGAAGAAGAUAAAGGAGGGCGUGGAGGAAGCUGCCAAAUCAGCCAAGCAGUCAGCGGAGUCCGUCAGCAAGAGCAGCGAGAAGAUCGGCAAAACCAUGGCCUUCAAAGCCAUUUCACAGAGCGUGGAAUCUGUGAAGAAGGAAAUUGAUGAGAGUGCGCUGGGGCAGAGCGGCACCUACCGCUCCCCCACUCUGCUCCGCAAACGCAGCGACUUCUCCAAAGACAAAAUGGAGGAAAAAGUGUUUGAACCGAACGAGGAGGCCAUGGGGAUGGUGCUGCACAAAGACUCCAAGUGGUACCAGCAAUGGAAGGAAUUCAAGGAGAACAAUGUGGUUUUUAACCGGUUCUUUGAGAUGAAGAUGAGAUACGACGAGAGUGACAACACCUUUAUCAGAGCGUCCAGAGUCCUGACCGACAAAGUCACUGAUAUAUUAGGGGGGCUGUUUUCCAAGACGGAAAUGUCGGAGGUGCUGACGGAAAUCCUGAAGGUCGAUCCCACCUUUGAUAAAGACACGUUCCUGAAGCAGUGCGAGAGGGUCAUCAUCCCUAACGUCCUAGAGGCGAUGAUGAGAGGCGACCUGGACAUCCUGAAGGACUGGUGCUACGAGGCAACGUACAGCCAGUUAGCUCAGCCCAUCCAGCAUGCCAGAGCCCUGAACCUGCAGCUCCGCUCCAAGAUUCUCGACAUUGACAACAUUGACCUGGCGAUGGGGAAGAUGAUGGAGCAGGGACCGGUGCUAAUCAUCACCUUCCAGGCUCACCUCGUGCUGGUGAUCAACAACCACAAGGGCGAAGUGGUGGAGGGAGACCCGGACAAAGUGCUGAAGAUGUUGUAUGUGUGGGCACUUUGCCGGGACCAGGACGAGCUGAACCCACACGUGGCCUGGCGGCUACUGGAUAUUUCUGCCUCCAGCACCGAGCAGAUCCUAUAGACCCCAGCCUGCCUCAGGGACUCCUGCAUCCUGUCCACACAGUCCUGCCCAGUCCAGGGCUCGUCAGCACCUCGUGUCACCCGGCCCGGCCCAGACACAGGAGCCUUGACCCGAGGAUGGCAACUCGUGACGAGGGACUGAGGAGCUGUUUAUCCUCGCGCUGAGCCUCGGGGUCUUGACACCCCAGUGGCCCCCGGGCAGCAGCGACGCAUGGCUGGCUCCUGUUGUAAAUAAUUUAUAUUAAAUAAACCUGGAACUGGUAUUUUAUUA